GGGCUUCAAUAACGGGCCAUUUGAAUAGGAAAGAAAAGCCGAAAUAAUUGACGAAUCGGUAUCGGUCGCCGGUUUAUGCAGCCGGGGUCGGAGAAAUACGAAGACAUUGCAGAAAUUUGGAAGAGGAAGACGAAGAUGUUGAGAACUCGCCUUCUCUGGUUUACGCUUGGGUUUUCCGUCACCGGAGCUUCGGUAGCUCAUCUCGUGUGGCGGGAUCUCUAUGCCGAACGUUUCGCUAUUUCUUCUGAUAUGAAAGAGAAAUUCAGUGCUCUGGAAGGUAGGGUUUCAGGUCUGGAGUCUUCUGGUAUUGAGAAACCGAGUCCAGCUCAGGUUGAGAGUUAGAGACUCUUGGAAGCUUCCAAGACAGAUCAGUUGAAGACUUGGCUUGGUAUAUCAGAGAGUUGCGAUCUUAUUUUGGAACUUCAAGACUUGCAUUUGUGGUUCAAAAACAUUCGGCUUUAUUAUUACAAGAAAUAAGGAGUACAUUCGUUUCAUUUCUAAAUAAAGGGGUUGUAUGACAAAUUGCACCAUGUGGACCUUAUUCUAAGAAAAUAAUAUGAUACUAACAACUCA